GGGGUGAAGGUGGCUCUGAUGUACGGGGACCGCGACUACCAAUGCAACUGGUACGGGGGUGAACAAGUCAGCCUCGCCAUCGAAUCCAAGAUCAGCGACAGCUUCCACCGCGCUGGCUACGCCAACCUCCAGACGAACAAGAACUACGCCAGUGGCCUCGUUCGACAGUACGGCAACCUGUCCUUUUCCCGCGUCUUCGGAGCCGGACAUGAAGUCCCAUGGUAUCAACCUGAGACCGCCUACGAGAUCUUCAGGAGAGUCAUGUUCAACAAGGACGUCGCAACCGGGAAGGUCUCGACCGCCGAGUGCAAUGGAAAGGCCUACUCCACCACUGGGCCGGACGAUGUGUCGGGCAUCAUGAACGACGAACCUUCCCACCCACCGGUGGAAUGCUACUUCUGGGAUAUGUUUCAGACCUGCACCGUCCCCGAGAUCGAGAUGGCGCGGAAUGACACGGCCGUCUGGAAGGACUUUAUCAUGAUUGGGUACACGCUGCCGGACAGGACGGUUCAUUAUUACUAG